UAAAUUAAAAAUUAGUAGUACACAGUAAGUCGUUGAGGAUACACGUCUGAAAAUAUAUCCGAACGGUGAAAAUCAUGGCGUUUUCCAUAAAUAACGUCAUGGCCUCGUUGCUGGUGAUGACCGUUUUUUUGACGAUCGGUAGCGAUGGCCUUCGUAUUUUAGGCUUAUUUCCACGAAACGAGAGGAACCACUUCGCCGUUUGCGGAGAACUGAUGAGAGGGUUAGCCGAGAGAGGCCAUUACGUCGACGUGUACAGUCAUUUUCCGUUGGAGGAAUACGUUGCCAAUUAUACGGACAUCAGCUUGAAAGGUACGCUGCCCGAAGAGAAGACGGUGUUUUUGCCCGACGACCUAUACGAGCGCGUGACCAAGGAAGAGCAAUUGGAGCGAUGGCUGAGGACUUAUGGCAAGUCGAUUUGCGACCUCAUGAGCUCGACGCAUUUCCUAUCGUUGUUCGACAAUGCGGUACACUAUCCCCAGUACGAUUUAAUCAUAACCGAGAUUUCGUUGGUCAAUUGUUAUCUACCGUGGGGUCGCUACCUCAGGGUACCGGUAGUAGGCGUUGUAACCACACCCCUACUCGACUGGCAAUUCAUCCCCUUGGGCAUGCCGAUGAAUUUGGCCACGACACCUUCCAUGCUAUCGUUCACCUCGCGCCCCAUGAACUUCUGGGACAGAUUAAACAAUGUUUACAACUACAUUAAGAGCCAUCUACUUUUCUCAGGCGUAGCUUCCGAUCAAGUCUGCAGUAUGAAAAAGUACUUUUUGGAAGACAUCGAUAGCCCCGCCACGCCCUUGAACAGGGACGUCUCGCUGGUUCUCGUGAAUCAUGAGCCGAUCCUCAGCGGACUGCAGACCUUUGGACCGAACGUCGUGCCCGUUCCCGGAUUGCAAAUCAACGAUCGCAAAGACAAGCUGCCCGAGCUGGUUCAACAAUGGUUGGAUCGUUCAUCCAAGCAUGGAUUCGUCUACGUAUCGUUGACCUCGACGAAGUUCGAGGAACAACCCACAAUCGUGCUGGAGAAUUUUUACGAAGUUUUCAAAAUGCUGGCUCCGGUGCGUUUCUUGGUCCAAGUUGACGAUCCAGAAGUACUGCCAGUUGGCAUGCCACUGAACGUUAUGCUUCAUUCGUCCUUUCAAAAUCAACAAAUUUUGAAACACAGACAUAUAAAGGCAUUCGUUACUAACGGAGAAUAUGAGCAAGUACAAACGGCCAUUUAUCAUGGAGUGCCGAUGAUAACCAUGCCUUUGAACGAUGAUCUGGGAAUGAUGGCCCUUUCGACCAACAAAUUGAAUAGCUCCAUUUGUGUUCCCUUCAGACAUUUCACAGUUUUCGAAUUAAGUUAUUCUUUGUAUGCGCUCUUGGACAGUCAAGCGUCGUACAAACAAGAAGCAAAAAAACUCCAAGAGAAAAUCAACUUUAAGAUUGCCGAUCCAGUAGAUACAGCAAAUUUCUGGAUAGAGUACAUUCACAAAUUCGGUAAAGACUCCUUAAGAUCUCCGGAGCUCGAUGUAGCUUGGUGGAAGUCGUCACUCGUCGACGUCGUCAUUCUCGCGGCGGUGCUUUUGACUUUGGUCCUUAUAGUCCCUACACUCUACCUUGUCUUCUCGAUAAUCAAGAUGCUUACAUACGACCAGAUUUUCAAACCUAAAGAAGCUGAUUUGUACAUAGUAAUGAACGUUCGUCAUAAUCGUAAUAAAAGAGAUUAACGCAUUAAUAUACAUGUAAAAAGGAAUGUAUCGUAACGACUUUUAACGUGUACAUUUAAAAUGAUAUUCCGUGUUAUCGUACAAAUAAUUUUGUAAUUUAUGUAAAUUGACAAAAAACAUUAGAUGAUGACAUCGUCGUCCCAGCUCAAGAGCGCUCUUGACAAAUUUAAGCGGCAAAAACAUGCUCUUGUUCUAUCUUUUGAGUGUGAGACUAUAUUUGUAUUGAAUUUUUUUGUUCAAGUGAUUGUAAUAAAAUAUACUAGAUUUACA